UUUUGACUAAUUUUGUCUAAAAAAAUUAAGUUAAAUUAGAUUUAAGGAUUUACCAAUAUUUUUUGUUCAUUUACUUUUUAAAGAAAAUGAAAAACAUUAAUUGAUUGUGAAAAAUAAAAUGGAUAUAUACGUUCGACUAUUUCACGACAUAAUAUUAAAAAAAAAAACUGCAGGAAAUUGCUAGGUCGAAGUAAUUUCAAAAAAUGGCAAAAAUAAUUUUACCAAUCUCUCAACGAGGCAAUAUUGUAAGUGAUUUCGCUUUGCAUACAUGGAUUCGAAAAACAGAAUAAAUAUAUGAACAAAUACAAAAACAAAAGAUAGAAAAGGAUAGGUGGUGUAUGAAACAAAUUUUUGAAAUUGAAAAUCACUUUUAAAUUGCAAAUUUUAGAAUUAAACAACAUUGAGUUCAAAGACAGCAAAUAAAAUAUGCGAAAGAGAUAAAGUAAGAUAUAUAUAUAUAAUAAAAAAGUAAUAAAAGAUAGAAAAUAGAAUGGAAUAGAUAUAUCUAGAAAAAGAGAUGCGUCACGCUGUCGGGAAGAAACAAUCUGUGGAAGAGGUGUGUCACAACAUUCCUUGUUCAAAUUACCAAUUACGAACACGUACGCGUCUCUUACACGAAAAAUACGUGUAGACUCGACAACUCCACCCGAUUCGCCGACUCAGAACGUGAUCGACAAGACGAUUUCGUUCCAUCCAGUUGCGUGCAGAUCAUGCGAUUAUCGUAGCGAGAUUAAAUCGAGGGACAAGGAGAAGAAAAUUCAAAUAUUAACGCGGUUAAAGCAAUAAACAUGCUACUUAAAUUGCUGGCCGUGCUCUGUACAGCACUCCCUCUGGUGCUGUCGCAGAGCAACUAUGCAUCGCAGGGAAAUAGUAUCGAAUACCAACCAGGUUUACCGCCAAGCACGGUGUUGAACGGCAAGGUAACCAAAUUGGACGACAUCUCGUCGAUGAUAUUUCUGAAUCGCACGAAGGCGUACCUGAAUUGCAGCCAGGGUAGCAUGCAGGUUGAAUUGAAGUUCGAGGAACCAUUUUACGGAGUCGCCUACGCUGAUUUCGAUCGUAACAGCGCAUGCAUAUUCAAAGGACGUGGCUCGACCAGCGCCAAGUUGGAACUACCUCUCAAAGGAUGCGGUACGAGGCAGGAUCCUCAACGCGUGUUCACAAACAACGUUGUAGUUCGUUUCCAUCCUGGCCUCGAAAUGGACGGGGAUGAAGUUAUUACGAUAGUUUGCAGAUAUCCUCCGCCUAUGGCGCCUGCACCACCGGCUCCUCCUGCCAGCAUUUUGGCCACUCCAGCGCCAGCUCCGUUGCCCGAACCGCCAUUGACAGGAUUUCAAAUUAUGCUCAUCAUCUGCGCCAUUCUCUUCCUCUCGUUGCUGUUGCUCGGCCUCGGUUGCUCAUACAUGUGUCUAAAACGUAGAAAUGUUCGCGUGAUUCACCGACAUCCAUUCGGAAGUGGCUCGGGCUCGGAGAUAACGAAACUCUCCACAUCCUCUUUGAGUAAUAUCACCAUGUUCGAGGGUCUAAAGAUACCCAGGGCUCAUGCACUUUUGCACGCACCUCCAUCCACUACCGGAAGCGAUGCGAACUUGAUGAUCGACCACUCGUUGCCAAGCGAUUAUCCGAGCGAGAGCUCCGAGGUCGAUGAGGAACCUUCGUUGCCAGUUUCAUCGGCCGGUUCGUAUGACAACAAAGCUUUCGUCCAUCAUGAAACGCACCAACGCGAAAUGCGUACCACUAGCUCCCUCUAUUCCGAGACGGUCGCCGCGGAAGUGGAAACAUCUUCAAUGACAGCUGCGAACGCCUCGAGAACCGCGAUCGCGCGUCACAUGGUGGCCACGCCUAUCGAACCCAAAUUCGAUGUCCAAAUGCGAGUAAAGAGAGUGCCACUUCCCCCUCCUAGCCCUCUACCGUCAGAAUCUGAUAUCGCGAGCGUCGCUUUGGAGAGAAACCUGACCACUAUUCUGGAAAAAGAGGAAUCCAGUCUCACGCGUAGUCUGGAGAGUCCACCUGCCAGAAUGACCACUUUCUCGUACGUUCCCGAGCUUCAUGGACCACCAGGAGGCACGUCUUCCACGUCCACCAUCUCUCGACAACAAACGCCGCCAGUUUAUUCGAGAAUAUUGAGAAAGCAAGCCGAAAGAGAGACCACGACCAGCACUAGUAUGAUUCAAGAACGAAUUCCGUCUCCUUCUCCUGUCGAGCAGCCGCCUCUGCAACACCAUGAAAUUCGUAGACCUAGAUCUCUAACUUCAUUAAACACCGAGUUAACAGAAACACGUUCCUUGACCGAAGUAACCGAUCACACGCACGCCAAGUACAGAGUGGCCAACAUUCUAGCUCCAACUCCCCCACCACCUCCUCCAAUUGUCCCCACGGUUACCACUACUCAUACAGCUGUUCAACAUCGCGAACAUCGUUUGUUCCGAGAAGAAGUGACGGAACCUUUGGUUGAGCCCCAAGUUGUCGCUCCCAGACGUCCAGAGAUAACCACUCAUGAGGUAGACGAUGUGUUCUUGAAAACGGUGACAGAGAAGAAAACUAUCGAAGAUGUUGAGCGCCAUCGUCGCCAGGUGACAGAGUACAGAACCAAACCACCUCCACCCGAUCCUAAAUGGGACGUGACUAUCAGAAAUUAUCCCAAGGAGAACUUCCCACCACCUCCUCCUGAUUUGGAAAAUUUCUCCGAUGUUAGCUCCACUUCUAACCUGACUAUCACCAACGAACCAAUAGGAAUUCAUCCUGAUGGGCCAGUUGACGAGGAACCGGAUAUCAAUAUCGAACCUACUUACACAGCUAGAGCCGAGAUUCCUUGCAGACCACCUCCGGUGGCUCAUCGUUCCAUGGAUGAGACGGAUUCCGAUUGGUUCUCUAGAUUGUCUCGCGUCUUGGAUCCCCGUUACGCCUCCGAAUUGACGGACGAAGAGCGAAUAAAAUGGCGCGAAAUAAUUACCACGGAUAGCACUUUACGAACUCUGUUAACAGAGGCGGUGGUUAAAGAAGAUUACGAGUUAAUACGAAAAGAUGCCAGAUACACCAAUCUAUUCCUACCAGAGAAAUGGGAUGUGAUCAUUCGAAUAUUGGGUCCUCCAUUGACGCAAGCGGGUUCAAUUUCCUCUUCCACUCAUGGGAAAAAUCACGGACAACGAUACAAAAGAUCCAAGUCCUCUGAAUGGGACACCAGAUCGAGAAGAUCCUCUCUGCCUACUUUGUACGAAUACGAGAGCGACGGAGGUAGUUCCGCUCGUACUCAGGGCCAUCGACUGCAGAUGUCGCAAUCGGCAACAACAAUGAGCCAAUCUAAUCGUUUGCGCAGACUUGGUUCGAGUCAUAGAGGUACAGGUGGCACUAGCGAAGUGGACGUAAGAUCUAUGUCAGAGAUGACAGUGAGGGACUUCGCCAGAGUGGACAGGGACGAUUUGACGAGUUUGAGUUCCUUCGAAGGUGCAGAUUCGCUAGUGAGAUCAUUGAGCCAACCCAGUCUAGCCAGAAGUGGUUCAGAAUUCACGGAACACUGGGGAAUUCCGUCGGGCAUGCUGGAUCUCCCGCCUUGGGCGGCCGAGGAGGAAGGGACUAGUUCCGUGGAAACCACGCCGAGAGUAGUGAGGAGAAACGACCGUUUGGAGGUUCUGGCGUCGUUCGAUGAUCGCAGACAGGGAUCGUCGAUAACUAGAUCGAGUCGGUAUAUCGAGAGAGAGUUGAAUAGUGUGCACGUGACCGAGAAUCAAAGGAGUUCGAAUUGGUUCCAUGACGAUUCCGAGCCGGAGAUGCAGAUUUGAAAAUUUUUUUAAGAAUUUUGGAAAAAAAUCCGUUUUCGUGUUUCGUCCUAUUGAAGUGCCUUCCUUCGAUUUUUCUGUGAUUCAAAUGCAAAAUUUGAUUGACAGUUGUGAUAGAGGUUAUGAACAUUAAUAAUUGCUUGAAAUCAUUAUCGAGACACGAAUCUUUAAAAAUAGAUAAUAUAGAAGAAUCAUUUUUUUUAAAAUAGUGAAAAUACUUAAAAAUGUGAGUGAAAAAUGUUUUUGAAGAUCAAUAUUUGUAACCUCUAUUACAAUAUCCAAGUUUCUUUAAAUUGGCAAUAACUUUUCGAUGAACGAUUCUUUUACUUUUAUAUCUUUUUUCUAUUCUAUAUUAAUUGUGAUUGUGUUUAGUAGAUUUAUUUUUAUCAAUCAAGAGGGCGAUUUCUUAAUGUUCACUGCCUACUCGCAUUUGGCAAAUCAGAAGACACAGUUUGAAGAUAUUCUUUAUGAAUAUGAAAACAUUCUCGAACGAACGUGUAUUUACGACUCGAUGCGUUGACUGUUGGAUCAAGUAAAAAAUCUGCUAAUUUUAAAUAAAUAUCAAAACAAUUGAAUGAAAAUAUUUAAUUAUUUUUAUUGUUAUACAAAAUAUAUAUAUAUAUUUAUAAUUUCAUUUCAUGACUUAUCAAAUUGAUUUAUGUAUAAAUAUUUCUGUUAAUUAGUGAAUAUUAAAUAUUAAACGUUUUCCUAAUUAUCUUGAAGCUGAACAGUCAACACGUUGAAGAUAUAAUUAGCCAUUUUCUCCACUUGCCACUCGAAUUAUGCAAAUUAAGAAAGAAAAAAGAA